AUGGAGCUGACGCACCAUCUGAUUGAAUCAUUCGGGACGGCCGAAUUUCUGCAUGAUUCUCCACAGUCCUUCGCUACUCCCCGUAUCAAAGUCUUUCGUCAGAUCAACGAAGGUAGAGUACAGGUGGGUCCACAUCUCCUGAUACUUCUGCAGUUGGCGUGCGGCGAAAAUCAUGUUCGUGGUUCCACGAUAACGGUGGAAGUCGCACUGGCUUUCCGGCAGGAGACCUUGCUCCAGAUGGUUGUUCGAGUGGCUGAAAAGAAUGCGAGCAAAUAUUUUCCCGGCGAUGUUCUGCAGGGGUAUGCCUCGGUGGUUGCCUCAGGGCUGGCGGUUACCUUUCCGCUUGUGUAGGUGGAGGAUUUUGGCGCCCUUGAAAUCCCGGGACUUCUCCUUGACGCCACAUGAUCCAUGAGUUAGGGGCCACCGUGCCUGUAGAUCUCAGCAGGGAUCACCUCCGAUCCGGGCGCUUUCCCGCUGGAGAGCUGCUGCACGGCCCUGAUAGUUUUGUGGGGAGGGGACGGGAGAUGGAGUUUGACUUUGGUCUCCACUUGAAGCAGACGGGCAAGGGUGUCGUCGGAGAUGGUGGAGGAGCGGCAGAGGACCCCUCUGAAGUGUUCGACCCGUCGCUGUAGAAUUCGUAUCGUCUCACUUUGAUGGGACCCCGACGGGUCUUUAAUAAAAAUAAUUGAAUUGAAUUAAGUAAGGUUCUGCCGUUGGCGCUGAGAAAAGGUCCAGUAUCUUUGGUUGGCGGACUGUAGACGACUUAGAUCGCAGAGAAGAAGUUCUUCCAUUCGCUGCGGUCCGCGUAUCCUUGGAUCUCCUCGGUCUUUUGGAUCGUCCAGGCGUCCUGAAUCUCGCGCAGCCGCUGUUGCACAGGGUGGUGGGUACGGCAGAAGGCUGUUUUGUUGUCGUCGGUGUUGCGGUCGGCGUAGACUUUGUGUGGGCGUUUCCGCCCGGCGAGCAGGACGCUUAUGGCGGCGUCGCUGUCAGCAAACCUGUCCUGGUGUUGGCGGCAUGCGCGACCAUGGACAGCCGGAACCGUCUACUGGACUGUGUCCCGCAGUUGAUUCCAUCGGGUUUCCACGGAGACGGCUACGUCAGCGGCGGCGGCAGCAGCGACUGGAAGGUUGGCUAA